CACCUGACCGUCACGAAUUUUCUACAUGUUUAUCAAUUAGCCUUCAUUGGCAUACUAUUUAAUAAAAAAAAAGAUGAGUUCGUCACACCACAAGAGCACGAGAGGUCAGGAGGAGACGGAGAAACUGAAGAGUAACUUAGAGGAGCAACUGGAUCGUCUUGUUCAGCAACUGGCUGAUUUAGAGGAGGCCAAAGAGGACCUGGAUGCUGAGGAAUAUGAAGAAACAAAGCAAGAAACAAUGGAUCAGCUGACGGAGUUCAAGGAAUCGCUGGAUAAUAUGGUGGGCGGUAACCUCAGCCUGGUAGAUCAGCUCAGUGGCAUGCAGUUAGCCAUUCAAGCAGCCAUCAGUAAAGCAUUCAAAACUCCUGAGGUCAUCAGAAUGUUUGCCAAAAAGCAGCCUGGACAACUGAGACAAAGGCUCGCUGAGAUUAGAAGAGAUGAGAAGGUAGGAAAACUAUCAGGUGAUGUUGCCACCCAGCAGUCGGUGGAAAUUUUAACUGCCCUGAAGAAGCUUGGAGAGAACCUGACACCCGAGGAAGAGGCUUACCUACAAAACAACUCCAGCGCCAGCCUCAAACAGUUCGAACAAGUCUCAGGGGACUUAGCUUCUGGUGAUAAAGUAUUAGCAGUUGCCAGCUCUCAGGUGAAGCAAGCAUCCAAGUAACUCUUCAGCAAAACAAAGACUAUUCACUCCCAUUGCAUCACAUGACAGGCCACCAUUGUGUCACAUGACUAGCCACCAUAUUGUCACAUGACAUUCCAUCAUUGUGUCACAUGACUAGCCAUCCUCAUUUAACAGUCCCCAUAACUUUCAUGGCAUUAGACUGCCCAACCUUACUAGAGACUGUUUUAUAUACUGUAUCAAGAGGUGACUCUUUCACAUAUUUUUUGUUUGUAACAGUGAUACCCCCCCCCCCCAAAAAAAAGAAAGAAAAUAAUAGUCCAAAUUUAAUGGCGAUUUUCCGUAUUAAUUUGAAGUAACAUUAUUACAGAGGUUGUGAGGUAUUUCAUGAUUUUAAAACUAUGUGUUCAAUAAAUUAUGACUAACUCUUUCACAGAGAUAGUUCUGUAGCUUUUACACUAUAGUUUGAUUCACCAUCUGUUUUAAUAUAAAUCAGGACUUUUCAAGUCUUUCACUCGGAUACAUUCAAGAUACACAUUGUAGAUACAUGUGUAUCUCAGUAAUGUUACUUGUGACUUUAAUAUUAAGCAAAUACAUUUAUUCAUGUGCAUUGAGAUCAAGUGAGAUAAAACUAUUUGCUACAGUACAUGUAGUAUUUAUCAAUGUCUGUAUGAAGAAUAGUAUACUAUUUAUUAUUUCAGUAUGAUCAAGUUAACAUUUAGCUCUGUAGAACAUCUGUAGUUCACUGGUCUGACAACCAUCGUCCAUCACAAUUGCUUUCAGACCAGUGAGCUACAGAUCUGCACCUACAAAGAAGUAUGGCUUAUUAUACUGAGUAUUAGGCAAAUCUUAGAUCCAAGACAGGAAUACAUAAACACAUAAAAUCCAAAUAUAACAACCCCCAACCCCCCUUCCCAGAUGUUGAGAAAAUAAAUGCAUCCAAAGAAGCAAUUUUUUUUUAUAUAUAAAUGAGCUAGACAAUAAUAUGUAUAAAUUGUAUUUGUAAUAGUAUUUAUUUCAAUAAUAAAUAUCUUAUUUUUACAUUUA